AGCAGCGGGACCCGAGACGUGGAGCCCAGCGACCCCCCGACGCCCCAGCCCACCCCCGGAGAUUUGGGGACGGCCGGGGGGAUGCUGCUGGACCUGGCCGUCAAGCGCCCCGUUGUCAGGUCGAAGAUCAAGUUCACCACCGGCACCUGUAACGAUGCCACGGUGCAUAGCUGUGAGCUGUGUGGCAAGGGCUUUCGCUUGCAGAGGAUGCUCAACCGUCACAUCAAGUGUCACAGCCAGGUGAAGAGACACUUGUGCACCUUCUGCGGAAAAGGCUUCAACGACACCUUUGAUCUGAAAAGACACGUCCGGACUCAUACCGGAAUUCGUCCUUACAAAUGUGAGGUUUGCAACAAAGCCUUCACCCAGCGCUGUUCCCUGGAGUCCCACCUGAAGAAGAUUCACGGCGUGCAGCAGCAAUACGCCUACAAACAGAGGCGGGAUAAACUGUAUGUGUGCGAAGACUGUGGCUACACGGGCCCCACGCAGGAGGACCUCUACCUGCACGUUAGUAACGUUCACCCCGGAAGCGCCUUCCUGAAAAAAACCUCAAAAAAACUUGCAGCGGUUUUGCAAAACAAACUGAGCCCUGUCCUGCAGAGGAACUCCAAAGAUGACGACAAAGAUGAGUAACGUGGUGGAUUACAGUGGUCUAAAGGAAUGAAGUUUACAUGUAGGACUAUAUAUAUAUAUAUAUUAUUUUUUUAAAAAAACUAUUCUGAAAGAAAUCCCUG